AGAUAAUAUUUUUAUAUGUUUUUUUUUUAUAUAGACCCUGAUGUACCGAGCCGUAAGAAGCCGAAACAGCGCGAAUGGCAACACUGGUUAGUUGUGAACAUCCCCGGUACAGUUUUAUGCAAAGGAGAAACACUAACUGGCUAUUUGGGACCUAUUCCAUGCAAGGGUACAGGAAAGCAUCGUUACGUGUUCCUGUUGUACAAACAGCGUUGCAAGACAAAGUUCGAUGAAACUAGAAUUAAGAGCAGCUGUGCCGAUGGCAGAAGCUGCUUUAGUAUUGCUGAUUUCGCUUGCAAAUACAAGAUGGGCAACCCCAUCGCUGGCAACUUUUUCUUUGCCAAAUGGGAUUGCUCUGUUAACCAAACUCGCAAACGUCUUGGUUUAUAAAUAUUAUUUUUUAAUACGCCGAUUUCUUUAAAACCGAUUAAUUUUAUACCACUUUUUAUAUUGUAAUUACUACAGCAAAAAUGAUGAAUCAAUAAAG